AUGGACAACACAUCAAUCAUCAAUCACUACAUGCACCAAUCUUUUGAAUAUGCCUGUGCAAGUUGUCUCAAAAUUUUUCCAUUAGCUGACGAGCUGCAGAAACAUUUGAUGGAGGCCCACGCUCAUCACCUCUACAAAUGUUCUCUCUGCAAACUUGUCUUUGAUUCCAAAGUGGACAUACAGGUUCACUUCGCGGUUAAGCAUAGUAACGAAUGUACCGUCUUCAAAUGCACCCGAUGUCCUGAUCUCAAAUUCCGAUCUGAAGUAGAAUGGCAGCUGCAUGUGAAAUUUUACCACUUGGGACUCUCCAAGCCCUACCGAUGUCUCUUUUGUAAAGACAGUUUUUUAACAGAGUCAGAACUGCUGGUUCACAUUUCUAUGCACGAAAAACAAUUUGUUUGUUCCAUUUGUGAUGAAUCCUUUCUUGUCGAAUACUUGCUGGACAAACAUCUGGAGUUACAUCAUUCUUCUAACUCCGUCAACGCUGAAAUGGUUAAUAAAAAUAAAUUUAGUAUAAAACGUAAUAAAUUUUUUAUAGCGCUCCAUCCGAUCGUUAUGGCUGAGGACGCCAAGUAUUCUCCGUCGUCUGUUUCUUCAAAGCCAUCUUCUUCGCCAAAAUGUAGGAAACAAUUCAAGUGCCAGGUUUGUGAAUUAAAAUUUUGUGGAGAAAGCAAUGUAAACAAGCACAUGCUUCGUGAACAUAACAUCGACGUAAACUGCCACAACGUCUCUGCCUCAGCCGCUCCAGAACCCUCCACAAGUUUCUCAAAUGAAAAAAGUUCCCAAGUUUGCGUCUACUGUAAACAGACAUUCAAGAGCAAAUUGGAUUUGGACAAACACAUGAAGCUGCAUCAUAUUUUGCCGAGCAAUCAGAAAUGUAACAUUUGCGAUGAAGUCUUUUCCAGUUCUGUUGUUCUGGCCGAACACAAACUAACACAUUGCAAGGUCGUACAGAGUAAUUUGUGCACAGUGUGCAAGAUCGUCUUAAAAAAUGAGGAAGAUUAUUUUUCUCAUUGCCAUGAACAUAGUUCGCAAGGAACGAACAUGCAGUGCAUAAUUUGUCGCCAAACUUUGUCCUCUGCUCUUGAAAUGCACCUCCAUGGCAAACACCACUUUCAAGCAACACAAGAGUUCAAAGAAAAAAAGGAGCGUUGUGAUUUGUGCUCAUCUUAUAUUAACAGCAAUGAUAAGAUACCCGAUUUGUCUAAUUCAUUGUUCAAAAACAAGAUGAACGUCUGCAUUAAAUGUUAUAAAAUGGAGUAUGCCGAUUUCACGCAAUCACUGACGUCUCCACAAGAUCAGACGAACCACAAAAACUUGAAAUCCUAUCAAUGCAUUAAAUGCCAAGAAUCAUUCCAUUCUGAAUAUGAAAUCCAGCUGCAUGUUGCAAGCCACGUAAUCGCCGAAGGAAAUGUUCAUAAAUGCAACUUAUGCGCUAGAAAAUUUGAUUCUCCAGCAAAAUUGCAGCUACACUUAGUGGAACAUUCAUUUGAGGACUGUGAUCAAAUGCUUUGCUAUCUGUGCAAUGAAAGUUUUGAACAAGCAUGCGACAUCCAGCAACACAUGUUAACAAAUCAUGGUAUAUCAUCGAAAAAGUACUUUUGCAACCUCUGUUCUCUCAAAUAUUUCUUUUCUGCUGAACUUUUGAACCACAGGAUUUCCUACCACAAUCACGACAUUUCUCCAUCUUCUUCGUUCGAUUUUCAAGAACCUGUAGAUGGUAACAGUGGUUUAGAUAACAGUUUUAAAUCUGAACACCAAAAAAAUAAUUUAAACUCAGUCACCUUGCUGCAGUCGCAUAAAAUAGAAAAAUCAAUUAGCGAUGACUUGCAGAUCAGUUACACUCAAGAUUAUGACAACAAACUGAGAAGUGGAUUUCCUGAUUUUAAUUUUAAACCUUCAUCUAAAGAUUCCAAAGGACGUUCGUCCGUACCUGUCACUACUGGUCAGUUGGAAGCAUUCGUCGUUGUAAAUAAACUUUAA